AUGACCGACAAAAAGCUUAUUAGCCUCUAUCGAAUUUUCGACGCUAUUCGCGAUCGUUCGAAAAAGCUCCUAUCAUUUGUAGAAGCUUUCUCUGCCGACACGGGUGACCUUGAUGAAUUGGAGGAAAAAUUAUCCGUUCUUGAUGAUUUGCGAAAUCAGUUUUUUGACACCCGUUCGAAGCUAUAUGGCCUGGUGAAGGACGAUGACCUUGCUGAAAUUGGGGAGCGUGAAGAGGAAAUAGAAGAUAUUCUCGAUAAAAGCCGGUUCAAAAUUCGUCGCCAUUUGAAACAGGUAAAACCACCAAUUGCGGACGGUAGUCAAACCGUAAAACAAGAACUCGACUCCACUAAUUCCAAAACCAAGCUCCCAGACAUUCCUCUCCCUAAAUUCGACGGUCAUUAUGAAAACUGGAUUUUCUUCCGUGAUCAAUUCAAAUCGAUCAUCUGCCGCCGUGACAAUCUCGACGAUUUUGAACGGCUACAUUAUUUGCGAAUGUGUUUGUGUGGAGAAGCAAAAAAUUUGCAGUGCAACGAGGAAAGUUUUCAUCUCUUUGGGAUGCAUUGA